UCUCCCUCUUCUCGUCCCCCGCCCACCUCACACGGGUGGCUCAGACCGCCGCGCGUAGCACCAGCACUCCUCGCACAGCCAGCCAUGGCCGCCAUGGUGAGAGCGUGCAUGCCGCUCCGCACCCCUCCGGCAGCCUCGGCCUCCGCCGCCGCCCCCGCGGCAUCCACGGACGCUGCCCCGGGCAGGCCGCGCUCGAGCGCCCGCGUGCUCGUGCUCGGCGGCACCGGCCGCGUCGGCGGCUCCACGGCCACCGCGCUCUCCAAGCUCUGCCCUGACCUCAGCAUCCUCGUCGGCGGCCGGAACCGGGAGAAGGGUGAAUCUUUGGCAUCUAAACUCGGCGAGCAGUCUAAGUUUGUGGAGAUUGAUACCGGCAACGCGGCCAUGUUGGAGGAAGCACUACAGGGUGUGGAUUUAGUUGUUCAUACCGCUGGACCUUUCCAGAGGGAGGCCGAGUGCACCGUGUUGCAGGCCGCGAUAUCAACUAAGACAGCGUAUAUUGAUGUUUGUGAUGAUAUGGACUAUUCAUGGAGGGCGAAAGCUUUCCAUGAGGAAGCCAAAGCUCAAGGUGUUCCAGCUAUUACAACUGCUGGCAUAUAUCCUGGAGUGAGCAAUGUGAUGGCUGCUGAGCUUGUGAAUGCUGCCAGAAGUGAAAAUGAAGAACCUGAAAGACUAAGAUUCUUCUAUUAUACUGCAGGUUCUGGUGGUGCUGGCCCAACAAUAUUGGCAACAAGUUUUUUGCUUCUCGGGGAGGACGUAAUUGCAUACAACAAAGGAGAAGAAAUCAAACUGAAGCCUUACAGCGGAGCCCUGAACAUUGAUUUCGGAAAAGGGGUCAGAAAGAGAGAUGUUUACUUACUGAAUUUGCCUGAAGUGAAGAGUGCUCAUAAAUUUUUAGGUGUGCCAACUGUUAGCGCUCGAUUUGGUACCGCUCCUUUCUUCUGGAAUUGGGGAAUGCAGGCUUUCGCAAACUUUUUACCUGUUGAGUUUUUGAGGGAUAAAGAUAAGGUUCGAGAGUUGGUUGAAUUAGUUGAUCCCCUUGUUCGAGCCAUUGAUGGCAUUGCAGGAGAGCGUGUCUCCAUGAGGGUAGACUUGGAAUGUUCGAAUGGCCGGAGUACUAUUGGAUUGUUUUCUCAUAAGAAGCUAUCUGUAUCGGUGGGCUAUUCAGUGGCUGCAUUUGUUCUAGCAGUUCUGGAGGGAAGCACACAGCCAGGCGUUUGGUUUCCGGAAGAGCCAGAGGGGAUAGCAGUUGAAUCAAGGAAGCUGCUUCUUGAGCGUGCGUCGCAAGGGACAACAAACUUCGUGAUGAAUAAGCCUUCCUGGAUGGUAGAGACUGAUCCAAAGGAAGUUAUCCUGGGAAUAUAUGUGUGAGAAAAAAGUGGAAAUAACAUACAAUUGAAUCUGGAUACAGCACGCAAAUUUUGUCGAUCAACUCUCGUAAAAACUUACGAGUUCUGGAGGUAUUAUCAAGGAUAGAAAGUAGCUAACAAGUCGUGCGGGCAGCCUGCAGCAAGCAGAAUCCUCUCCAAUGCCGUUCAGUAUGAUUACUUGGUCAACCUGUUCUGGAAAAGGCUGUAAAUAACAUAAUGAUUUUGUGUGCUUGAAAAACGUAGAGCCAGCAAAACUGUAUCACAAAAUUGUCAGGUAAAACCGUUACAGUACAAGGGAGCAAUACCUGAAUAGCUGAACUGUAUCAUGACAGAAAUAUCACUGAACAUUAUUGAUGAAAAAGGCAUCGGCUUAAGCUAUUACAUACAUCAA